CUGGGAGCGGGGAGCGGGCGGGCCGGGAGCAGGGAGUGGGACCAGUGAUGUGAUUGCAGCGCAGGGCAACAGGCAGCGACGCAGGGCAACAGGCAGCAGCGCAGGGCAACAGGCAGCAGCGCAGGGCAACAGGCAGCAGCGCAGGACGACAGGCAGCGGGAUUCACACGUUGGUGGAGAGAAAACUCAGUGAUCAGAGGAGAUAGUGUUUCUCUGGUAGAAACUAAAGAUGGCGGGAAAGAUAACUAAAGAUGAGAUGGAGGAGCUCAGAGAGGCCUUCCAGAAAGUUGAUACUAACAGUAAUGGUUUUAUCUGUGACUUGGAGCUGACUGAGCUGUUUAAAGAAGCUAACCUACCGUUGCCGGGAUACAAGGUCAGAGAGAUCAUUAAAAAACUGGACCGCAACAAAGACAACCAGAUCAGCUUCGACGAGUUCCUCUCGAUUGCCAAGGAGCUGAAGGGUGAUGACAUAGCUAAGAGCUUCAGAAAGGCCAUCAACAGGAAGGAGGGGAUUCUGGCUAUAGGAGGAACCAGUGAGCUGUCUAGUGAAGGAACACAACACUCAUUCUCAGAGGAGGAGCGGUACGCGUUUGUUAACUGGAUCAAUGCAGCCCUGGAGAAGGACCCUGACUGUAAACACGUCCUGCCUAUGAACCCCAAUACCCCAAACAGCUUGUUCACUGCUGUAGGAGAUGGCAUCAUCCUCUGUAAAAUGAUCAACCUGUCAGUGCCAGACACCAUUGAUGAGAGAACCAUCAACAAGAAGAAGCUCACUCCCUUCACCAUACAGGAGAAUCUCAACCUGGCUCUGAAUUCUGCCUCUGCUAUUGGUUGCCAUGUAGUGAACAUUGGAGCUCUGGAUCUGAGAGAAGGGAAACCCCAUCUGGUACUGGGCCUGCUGUGGCAGAUCAUCAAGAUAGGGCUGUUUGCUGAUAUAGAACUCAGUAGGAACGAAGCCCUAGCUGCGUUGCUGCGUGAGGGAGAGACUCUGGAGGAUUUGAUGAAGCUGUCUCCUGAAGAGCUUCUCCUCCGCUGGGCUAACUUUCACCUAGAGAAUGCUGGCUUCAGCAAGAUCAACAACCUCUCCUCUGACAUCAAGGACUCCAGGGCUUACUAUCACCUGCUGAACAUGAUCGCUCCUGACGGCAGCAAAGAGGGCGAGCAGCGAAUUGAGAUCAACAUGUCUGGAUACAAUGAGAAAGAUGACCUGCGUAGGGCAGAGAGUAUGCUGGUUCAGGCUGACAGGUUGGGCUGUAGGCAGUUUGUGACCUCUUCUGAUGUAGUCUGUGGGAACCCCAAACUCAACCUGGCCUUCGUAGCCAACCUGUUUAAUAAAUACCCAUCUCUCACCAAGCCUGAGGGGCAGGACCUGGACUGGGCCAAACUGGAGGGUGAGACGAGAGAGGAGAGAACCUUCAGGAACUGGAUGAAUUCUCUGGGAGUCAACCCUCAUGUUAACCAUAUAUACGGUGAUCUGUUAGAUGCUCUGGUAAUCCUCCAGCUGUAUGAGAGGAUUAAGGUUCCAGUGGACUGGGACCACAAGGUGAACCGCCCUCCUUACCCCAAGCUAGGGGCCAACAUGAAGAAGCUGGAGAACUGUAACUACGCAGUGGACCUCGGGAAGGCUAAGGCAGGGUUCUCUCUGGUCGGCAUCGGAGGACAGGACCUUAACGACGGAAACCCCACCCUCACGCUGGCUCUGGUCUGGCAACUGAUGAGGAGAUACACUCUGAAUGUUCUGGAGGACCUUGGACAUGGAGAGGCUGCUAACGAUGACCUCAUCAUCAGCUGGGUCAACAGAACCCUGACUGGAGCCGGGAAGAGCUCCAAGAUCUCCAGCUUCAAGGAUCGCGGUAUCAGCAGUAGUCUUCCUGUCCUGGACCUGAUUGACUCCAUCCAGCCACGCAGCGUGAACUAUGACCUUGUCAAGACUGGAAUGCUCUCCGACGUCGACAGAUUGGACAAUGCCAAGUACGCUGUGUCCAUGGCGAGGAAGAUCGGAGCUCGUGUGUACGCCCUACCAGAGGACCUGGUGGAGGUGAAACCGAAGAUGGUUAUGACCGUGUUCGCCUGCCUCAUGGGACGGGGUAUGAAGAGAGAAUAGCCCUUCAGCCACACCAUCAGCCUGUGCCUCAGCCUCUAGCCUGUUUACUAAAAGGCUUCUGGUUUAAACAAUGAAAACAGCCAUAUUAUAUUAGAUACAUAUUGAAUGAAUGACAGUGGCCAUAUUGAUCCACAGCUGAUUUGAUUACUCUGUAUAUCUGCCUUUUAACUUAAGACACUGUGUCACACUGUAUGUGAUAGAGAGAGAGACAGAGAGAGAGAGAGAGAGAGAGAAAAGAGAGAGACAGGGAGAGAGAGAGAGAGACAGACAGAGAGAGAGAGAGAGAGAGAGAGAGAGAGAGACAGGGAGAGAGAGAGAGACAGGGAGAGAGAGAGGGAGAGAGAGAGAGACAGGGAGAGAGAGAGAGACAGAGAGAGAGAGAGAGAGAGAGAGAGAGAGAGAGACAGAGAGAGAGAGAGAGACAGGGAGAGAGAGAGAGAGAGAGAGAGAGAGAGAGACAGAGAGAAAUUGAGAGAAAUAGAGAGAUUGAGAGAGAGUGAGAUUGAGAGAGAGAUUGAGAGACAGAGAGAAAGAGAGAGAGAGAAAUUGAGAGAGAGUGAGAUUGAGAGAGAUUGAGAGAGAGAUUGGGAGAGAGAUUGAGAGAGAGACAGAGAGAAAUUGAGAGAAAGAGAGUUUCUUUGAUUCAGAGCUUUUUCAUAUGAUGGCCUUAAUGUUCAAUAGUAAAUGGGUCCCCAUGUCCCUAGUUUAGAUUAUUGACCAAAUUACAGAAAACAUACCUACACAAUAGACAUUCCAUGUUAUUAGUAUGUUUGACUGGUAUAUAUAUUAUUCCAUGUUAUUAGUAUGUUUGACUGGUAUAUAUAUAUUAUUCCAUGUUAUUAGUAUGUUUGACUGGUAUAUAUAUAUUAUUCCAUGUUAUUAGUAUGUUUGACUGGUAUAUAUAUUAUUCCAUGUUAUUAGUAUGUUUUAUAUGUUAUUCCAUGUUAUUAGUAUGUUUGACUGGUAUAUAUAUAUUAUUCCAUGUUAUUAGUAUGUUUUACAUGUUAUUCCAUGUUAUUAGUAUGUUUUACUGGUAUUCCAUAGCCAUGCCUUUAACAGAAAGAUAGCCAAUCAACUAUGCAUAAACAAUCUUUUUUGUUGUUGAAAUAAUGUAGUCGUUGAAAAGCGAAGCUUUAAAUGUCCCCUGACCAGUUAGUGUUGUGUAAUGGAACCUGAUAAGACAAUACUAUUGUUGCUGGUGGUGAGAAAGGAUUUGGGAAGAGAAACUGGAAGAAGCCUGUCUGUGUCACAGAGUCCUGUCUAUACAGACACCAUGCUGUUUCUGAACAGAUUAAAUACAACUCUUCAUCUCUA